UCUUGACUGUACUUACUGCUACUUGCUGAAUUUUGAAGGGCUCGAACCAAGCAUCUUUCGCACAGGCUGAAGAACUCUCAGCGAAUGGACGCCAAGAGCCCUUGUCUUCAAUCGCGCCAGCUUCCCAUCUAACAUUCGGAGUUUUGCACUCGAAGACCGAGGACCCGCUGCACUUUUCACUGCCAGUUGGAUGUCAGUACGCGACGGCAUCUCCUUAUCCAGUAAGUAUCAGCGCCCGAGAAUCCCACAGCCCUUCGAGACUGCUUUCACCGCCGCAAGCAGAUCGUAAAACGCACACUUGACCGUGAUCAUUUGGCGCCGAGUUGGAACCGCCCACGGUUGUAGUAGAAACAGCGGAAGGCGCCGGCUGCUUCGAAGCCAGCCAGCCCCUCCCGUCAGAAGCCGCUCUCGAGAAGAACCACGCCAAAUCCGCCAUGGCCGUCCGCGCACGAGCUCUCUAUUUCGGAAAGUUUCGGAGGACCCGCCCGCUCAUUCUGCCGGCUAUGCUUUGGGUGAGGAAUCAUUGCUUGCAUCGUGACGUACUGCGGUCAGCAAGGUGAGAGGGCGCCCUUCUUCCCCACAUCCCAAGCCGAGUGCGGAGACCUCAAUUGAAUACGAAGCAUUCGCGCUGCGCAUUGACCAAGCAGUUUAUCGCUGUGCCCUGGGUAGACAACGGCGACGGCGACGCAGCAGGCGCGCUCCCGUGAUAUCGAAACCAGCCGACCGCUGAGGUCUCGCUUCCGCGCUGUGGCAGCGGCCUCGAUUCUCGGAUGCGCGGCGCAGGUGCGUCUCCUGGCGACGGCACGAAGCCCGGAAUGCUCGUUUCUGACAGGGGCCCAAACACAUCCCGACCCCGGCGCCCCACAAUGGGGCUAUCGCAGCGGAUACAGACUGGCUUCGCGGGUAACCAACGAUGGGGUGCGUGGACGUGACAGACCGCGCCCUCCAAUUACUCGUCUUGUGCUCGCGGGCUUUUUGGCGUCCGGGUCUCCACACCGAUUUUCGGUGGUGACAGCAUGAGAUUGCAGCUAGGAUAAAUGCGUGCGCCCGAGAGGAUUGGAUGCUCAGUUCCCUCCCCCUCCACCUUCCCUCCCUCUCCUCUACAUCUGAAAUGGCUGGCCCGACAUCCGGUUCAGCAGCCAACUCCCCGACUCAGCAGGCGGCGGACAAGAAGGCCGUCGACGACGCUAUCUACGACAGGAUCCCGGCGCAUCGCAAAGGGAUGAUCACCUUCGUCCUGGCGCUGUGCGGCUUCCUGGCCCCGUCCUCGUCGACGAAUAUCUUGGCUGCCGUCCCCGAGGUCGCUGCUACUUUCCAUACAACCGGCACUGUCAUUAACCUCUCAAACGCUAUCUAUCUUAUCGUCAUGGCAUUCUCGCCGUGUUUCUGGGCGCCCAUGAGUCAGGUGUACGGGAGACGCUGGAUCUGUGUCUCGAGCGCCUUCAUGUUCUUCGGAUUCUCGCUGGCUACCGCGUUUAGCCCCAAUCUGAUUGCGUUCUUUGUGUUCCGAGCCUUGACUGCGUUUCCCGGCAUGUCGUUUUUGACGGUCGGAUCCAGCGUCAUUGGGGACAUCUACAGACCGACUGAGCGAGCCACUGCGCUGUCGUGGUUCCUGUCUGGGACUCUCGUUGGGCCGGCCGUCGGACCGUUCAUUGCGGGUGUGAUCGUGACCUACGAGAGCUGGAACGUCAUCUUCUACGUCCAGGCAGCUCUCAGCGGCAUCGCCACGCUCCUCGUGAUCUUCGUUAUCCCGGAGACCAUCCACCACAAGCGCUCUGCGGAGCUGGUGGGCAUGUCUGGGAUCCAGAAGACCAAGAAGAUCAUCGAGUGGUCCAACCCGUUCCGUGUCUUCAAGCUGUACAAGUACCCCAACCUGCUUACCACGUCGCUCGCCGCGGGCGCCCUGAUCUGGAACAUGUACACGCUGCUGACACCGAUCCGGUUCGUCAUCAACCCCCGAUUCCACCUCACCUCCCCGAUGCAAUCCGGGCUGUUCUACCUCGCGCCUGGGGUGGGAUACAUCACCGGCACGUUCCUCGGUGGGCGGUGGGCCGACCGCACGGUCAAGAAGUGGAUCGACAUCCGCGGCCGGCGCAUCCCGGAGGACAGAUUGCGCAGUGGGCUUCCGUUUAUGGCCUUUGUCAUCCCCGGGUGCAUGCUCAUCUACGGCUGGAGCAUCGAAAAGAAGAAGGGUGGCAUCGUUUUGCCUGUUAUUGUCAUGUUUGUACAAGGUGUUUCACAACUCUUCUGUUUCCCCAGCUUGAACACCUACUGUCUUGAUGUCAUGCAAAGCCGAUCCGCCGAAGUUGUUGCUGGCAACUACAUCACUCGUUAUACAUUCGCCGCCAUCGGCUCCGCUGUCGUUCUCCCGGCCGUCAAACACAUCGGCGUCGGCUGGGUCUCGACCAUCAGCGCCCUGUUCGUCUUCCUGGCGGCCAUUAUGAUCCACUUCACCACCCUGUACGGUGAAUCGUGGCGUGACUGGAUCGACGGGACGCCCGCGACCGCCGUGCCCGACUCGCAGUCGUCCAGUGUCACACUGCAGGACAAGGAGAGAGUCUGACGCGUGCGCAGGGUGCAAAGCCUGAAUCAAAUACAAAUAAUCUGUUUAAUAAUUAGUUGGACUAGUGUAUGUAUGCACUAUACCCAAUGGAAUGGCGCCCCG